AUGAUUUAUGUUUCCAUCGGCCUUUGUUGGUAUUUGUGUAAUCUUAUAUUUUCAUGCACGCAGGAAUUUAACCCGAAUUUAUUAGGCUAUUCACGUGGAGAUUCCUUAAUUUAUCAUUCGAAUUCGCACUUCAACGUCGCUGAAACUGGUGCAAUGGCUAGAGACAUGCCUUUCAUGGCCAGAUAUCUGAUUGACAGAAUGAAACAGGAUUCAAGAGUAAAUAUUAAAGAACAUUGGAAGCUGAUCUCGAUACUUAUUGGACACAACGAUUUCUGUAUUGACGUAUGUGUUGCGCCAUCACCAUCGUCCAUUUUGAAAACUUAUAGAAGAGAUCUAAUCAAUACCUUGAGAAUAUUACGGGAUAACUUACCAAGAACUUUCGUCGUAGUUACUAUGAUGUUUUCUUUCAGUAGAUACGUUGAUGCUAUGAAAACUCAACGAAUAUUGAGGUGUUAUAUUAUGGUACGACUUUCUUGUCCCUGUAUGUUUGGUUUACAAUACCAAGACCGGAUUUCAGAAUAUCACGACAUGAUAAAAAGAUGGGCGGAAAUGGAGGAAGAUAUCGUUAACUACCAAGAAUUUAAUACGAAAGAUUUCACUGUUAUAUCUUCACCUGUACUUCAAAACUAUGCACCGCCACUUACAGAAGAUGGACAGCUAGACAUGACAAAUUUCUCCUACGACUGCUUCCACCCUGUUCAGAAAACUAAUGCACGAUAUGCUAAUGCUCUAUGGAACAGUUUGUUGGAGCCAGUUGGGAACAAAUCAAGAGGCCUUCGUCAAGAGUACGAAAAAUUUUUGUGUCCUACUCCAGAAAAGCUAUUUCUAAUGACGCGAGAAAAUUCACAAGAGGGAUAGAAUCAAUGAUACAUGUACUUCUCUGUCUGACAAUGAGAGCAACAUAUGAAACGGAACCAAAAAUGCGAUUUCGAAACGUGAAGUAGAUGUUUGCUAACACGUUUAUUUCCCAAAACACUGUAGUAAUAAAGCCGUAUAAUAUUUAUUUCCAUAAUUUAAUAGAAAUUAUGUCGAUAAAAAAUUUAAGGAGUGUUUAAGAAAUAGUUUCUCUAUGCUUUUAAGGCAUAGAAUGUUUCAAAACGAAAUCAAAUGAGACACGACUAAUUCUGCAUUCAUGUACAAUUUCUAAGAAAUGCG